AGAACAUAGAUAAAGAGUUGAAACAAAUAUUUCAUAAGGAAAAUGAAAGGUGAGUUUCUUACAUUAGCUCUAAUAUCUCUACUAUUGGCCUUCUCGUUUGUCUAUGGAGGAGGAGAGUCUGGAAACCCUGCUCAUUCUGCAGCCAGCCCGAGUAGUCCCACCGGAGGGUCCAGCGGUGCAACCGGUUCGGCUCAUGGGCCUAACUGGGGAUAUGAUUGGGGAUGGGGAUCAACCCCAGAAGGUGGUUAUGGCUAUGGUUCCGGUUCUGGUUCGACACCAGAUGGAAAAGGAAAAGGGGCCGGAUAUGGGUUUGGCUCUGGUUCUGGUUCAGGAACUGGGUUUGGGUUUGGUUCAGGAGGAGGAGGAGCCACAGACGGUGGUUCUGGCCAUGGAAGUGGGACUGGACACGCAAGUGAAGAGUGCGGCUCAGGCGCCGGCGGUGGAAAUGGUGGAGCUUCUCCAGGUCGUAGAGAGAGAAGCCAACACCGCUAAAAUUAUAAGCAUUUCUUGUUCAUCUUAACACAAGCAUAUAUACAUAAGACUAGAAAAGAAAAAAAGAAUAUUACUAUGGUUGGCACUUGGCAACACAUGAUAUUAUAUGUAUACUACAACCUUAAUGCAUAAACUAGAUUUUGACCCGUGCACCCGCACGGGUAUUAUACUUACUUUUAUAUUAUCUAAUUACUUUAAUAUGAUUUAAGAGAUUUUUUUUUUAAAACUGCGAGUGUUGAACGUUUGUUUAAUAUGUAUUUUGAACUUAAAAUUGUAUAGUGGAUUUGAUCGAAUUAAUUUAAUUAUUUCUUAAACAAUAAAUAUUGUUUCAUUUUGUUUUGUUUCUUAUUAUAUAUUUUAAGUCCUUAUAAUUUUUUUGUAUUAAAUGUAUUUUUUAAGAAAGAUAAAAAAUAAUAAUACAAUAAGAAUUUACUUUUUUUAAAUGUUAAUUUUAUAUUAUCCUUAUAUCGUAAUAUUUUGAGUUUUGAAAUACGGCAGUAGAAAUUGGCAGCCGUCAAUCGUCUAUACGACAGUCAAUCAUGAUGUAAUGCAUAAUUAAUAAGACAUUAAAAGAAAUAGGAGGUAAUAUACCAUUUUAAUUAAAUAAAAUCACAAGUAUAUAUAUAAUUUGUUGGAGAAUGUCAAUUGGAUGGUGUUAUUUUAGUUAAGAUUUUUAAUUGAUUGGAUAACAAUUGAUAAUAUUUUUUUUUGGUAAAAAAAUUGAGAAUAUUUUGUUUAGUUAUAGAAGAUUAUGAUUUACCUUAGACAGUUAGGCUAUGCAUAUUGUAUGUGGGCUGCAAGCCUAGAGAAUAAACCUACCGAUUAAUAAUAUUAAUCUUAAUAAGUUACUGUCGACUUUUUAAGAAUCUUUGGUAGGAUAAUUAAUGUUCGCUAAUUUUGAAAUGAUUACUAUUCCCUCCGUUU